AUGCCGCGCUGCUGCCCGGCUCUGUGCAUCGCCCCCCGCCCCACCGCCGCCGCCACCGCCGCCGCCCCCCCCACGCCCCCCUCCUCCCCGCUCCCGCUCCCUCCCGCCGCCGUGUCCCGCCCGCCGCUCGUGGUUCUGCUGCUGUUGCAGCGCCGCCCCGCGCCGCGCCGCGCUCCGCACAAGAUGGCGGCCGGCGGGAGCGGCCCCGGGGGUCUGUCCUCGUCCUGCCCGCAACCCCCGCCGCCUCCCCCGGGCAACGGAGCUGCCUGCGCCGCAACCGCUGACGGAACGCCUUCGUCCCCUCCGGGGCUCACUUACAAUCAGUGCGGAGCUAACAAUCCGGCGGUUGGAGGAGGAGGAGGAGGAGGAGGAGGAGGCCCGGGAGUGGGGGCGGCCCCGGCGGGCGGCCCGGGCGGAGGGCUGCAGAGGGAACCGGUGUACAACUGGCAGGCGACCAAACCCACGGUGCAGGAACGAUUCGCUUUUCUGUUUAACAACGAGGUGUUGAGCGACGUGCACUUCCUGGUGGGGAAAGGCCGAGGGACGCAGCGCAUCCCGGCACACAGGUUUGUGCUGGCCGUGGGCAGCGCCGUCUUCGAUGCCAUGUUCAACGGUGGGAUGGCCACGACUUCCACAGAGAUCGAGCUGCCCGACGUGGAGCCUGCUGCCUUCCUGGCUCUGCUGAAGUUUCUUUAUUCAGAUGAAGUUCAGAUCGGACCAGAGACUGUUAUGACGACCCUUUACACAGCUAAAAAGUACGCAGUGCCAGCCCUGGAAGCUCACUGUGUGGAGUUCCUGAAGAAGAACCUCCGAGCAGACAACGCCUUCAUGCUGCUGACACAGGCGAGGCUGUUUGAUGAGCCUCAGCUGGCCAGCCUGUGCCUGGAGAACAUCGACAAGAACACAUCUGAUGCCAUCAACGCAGAGGGCUUCACUGACAUCGACCUCGACACGCUGGUAGCCGUGCUGGAGCGCGACACGCUGGGCAUCCGGGAGGUUCGUUUGUUCGGAGCCGUGGUUCGCUGGUCGGAGGCUGAGUGUCAGAGGCAGCAGCUGCAGGUGGUGCCUGAGAACAAGAGGAAGGUGCUGGGCAAAGCGCUGGCGCUCAUCCGCUUCCCACUGAUGACGAUUGAGGAGUUUGCAGCAGGGCCGGCCCAGUCGGGGAUCCUGACGGACCGGGAGGUGGUCAGCCUGUUCCUGCACUUCACCGUGAACCCCAAACCGCGCGUGGAGUUCAUCGACCGGCCGCGCUGCUGCCUGCGGGGGAAGGAGUGCAGCAUCAGCCGAUUCCAGCAGGUGGAGAGCCGCUGGGGGUACAGUGGGACUAGUGACAGGAUAAGGUUCUCGGUGAACAAACGCAUCUUCGUGGUUGGCUUUGGGUUGUACGGCUCCAUCCACGGCCCCACAGACUACCAGGUGAACAUCCAGAUCAUCCACACGGACAGUAACACGGUGCUGGGCCAGAACGACACGGGCUUCAGCUGCGACGGCUCCUCCAACACGUUCCGUGUGAUGUUCAAGGAGCCCGUGGAGGUUCUGCCCAACGUCAACUACACGGCGUGCGCUACUCUGAAGGGCCCCGAUUCUCACUACGGCACCAAAGGGCUGCGCAAGGUGAUCCACGAAUCGCCCACCAGCGGCGCCAAGACCUGCUUCACCUUCUGCUACGCGGCCGGGAACAACAACGGCACUUCGGUGGAGGACGGACAGAUCCCAGAGAUCAUCUUCUACACAUAGUGCCGCCGCGGGGCCACGGCGCCUUCGGCUCGGAGCCCGACGGAGCCCAGAAGCGCCGCACCGAACCCCACCGCCGCAGGGCUGCGGCCGCCCCUUCGUCCCCCACCCGCGGCCGUGCUGAGCGUCGGCGCUUCUCCGCCUGCAGGGAGCGCGGAGGUGAGCGGCGCCGCUGGGGGGGGCUGAGCGCCGCGGGACGGACGAUGGCGGUGGGGUCGGAGCGGAGCCGCGGAGCUCCGGUUCGGCGCUGCGGGGACGUCGCGGGAGCCCGCGGGGUGGGACGUUCCGCUGCGCUGAUGCCCGGCAGCCGCAGCGCGGGCCGCGGUCGGGAUCUCCACGCGGGGCGGCUCAGCACGGCCAGUACCGAAAUAACGCGACGAAAACCACGGCGGAAAAAGCGAGCGCGAUGGGUCCGCGCGUUAUUCGGCGUGCGGGGCUGCGGCGCCCGGCCCCGGCGCGGCUUCACGGCGCCUCUCCCCGCCGCUGCUCUGCGGUUUCUCUCCCCGUCGGCAGCCGUGAGCCGUUCCGCACGGAGAGGAGCCCCGCGUGGCUCAGCUGCUGUACGUGCAGGAAUGGCGCUCGCUGUCGGACUUCGCCCCUUUCCGAAAGUGUGAGGCGCUGCACCGCGUCACCCCCGAGCGGAGCUGGGGCCGCCCCCCCCCCCCCCCGGCGCCGCACUGAAUGUUAUCCGCUGCUCUGUCCCGUGUUCGCGCUCUGCUUUGGGCCGCGGCGCUGCGAUUUGUACAUAGGAGAUGAAUAAAGACCUUCGGUUGUCUUUAGGCA